AUGCCUCGUCGACCUUCAGAACAUCUGGGUCUGGCAAGUCCCCCCCGCACUGCGCUUACUCCUAACCUCAUGGACAUGUAUGGUAAUCAGAGUAGAUCCCAGCAAGGUCUACCCAUCAGCAACUCCUGCCCUGCCAACAUCAAAAGGGAAUACUCUGUUUCACAAUCCCCAGCCAUCAUGUAUAUGAUGGAUAAGUCUGGUUGCUGUGGCAAAUUUGACAACUAUCCAAGGCCUGAAGGGUUCCCUGUGGCAGAGGUAAGAGCAAUGGCAAAGGAAAGGCAGAAGAAGGAUGACCAUCAUUUGAUUGAGAGAAGACGACGGUUUAACAUUAAUGAUCGAAUUAAGGAAUUGGUCCCUUUUAUUCCUAAGUCCAAUGACCCUUCUAGUAAAACUUCCACCGAAGCCAUUUCAUCAGGCAGCUCGGGGUCAUCCUUACGACUGCCUGGGAUCUCAGAGCUGGAGAUGCAGCCGCGGGCUCACGGUCUGGUCAUCACGUCUUCAGCACUCUCCUCUGCUGAACUUGCAGCCCGGUCCAUUAAGCAGGAGACGCCUCUGGAGGACUGUCGCCAGGACCUAACCACUCGGCACUACAGCAGUAACGGGAAGCCAAGCUCCAAACUCAACGACAUCCUCAUGGAAGACACCUUAUCACCGAGGCUAGAAACAGGAGCAGACCAGAUCCCACACAGCACCCACCUCGCUACAAGCUCUCUCCCUACAAGCAGCCACGGCCUCUCCCCACCUACAUCUGACAAUAACAGCAGCAUCAGAUCAGUGGAGAAACUUGGGACACUUUGUCCUAGACUGUGA